CGAACAAAUACAGGAAAUUAAGAAAGUUUGUGCGGAUUCUGAUGAGCUAUUAUCCAUUCAGGAGUCGUUAUCCCUUAAGGAGUCGUUAUCCCUUAAGGAAUCGUCAUCCAUAAAAGAUUCAUUAUCCAUUAAAGUUUCAACCACAUCUAAAGAAACAAUUUUACAAAAUAUCGAAUAUGCCGAGUCAAAAACAAGUGUAGCAUCAAAUAAAUCAACAAUUGAGCCUAAAAUUAAAGAAAGAUUUUCUUCAAGACUUUGCGUUGGAAAAGGAAAUGCUUCCCAGGAACCUUGGCCAAAAGAUGCAAAACUGUAUCAACCCUACGAAGUCGAACAAAUACUUCUUUCAGACAAUGCAAAUUGUCUUGCAGUACAAGCGUUUUUGAAAAUGUGUAACCUAGAUUUUGUUGUUGAACCCAGAGCUAAUGCAGAAGCAAUGUCUCCUUCUGGAAAAGUGCCAUUUUUGAAGGCUGGUGCGUUUGUAGUGUCAGAAUUGGAGGGUAUAGUUUCGUUUGUGAACAAUAAAGGUAUUUCGUUGACGGAGAAGUUUGAUCAAGAGGCAAAAUCAGACAUGAGGGCUUACAUGUCUUUGGUGCACAAUGUUAUUGAAGUUGCUGAGUUGUAUAUAUCAUGGGUGGAUAAGGAGACGUACAAUGAAGUUACAAGCGUACGUAAUGGUUCAAUUUAUCCAUGGCCUUUAAACCACAUUCAGAACAGAGCCAAAAGAAACCAAGUAAUCAAAAAGUUAAAAGUACUUCAGUGGUACAAGAAGAGUACCAAGGAAGUAUUAGAGGAAGUGGAAAAUUGCUGUCAGGCUUUAAGCGACCGUUUGGAAGGAAAAGAAUACUUUUUUGGAACAAGUUGUGAGUUGGAUGCAUUGUUGUAUGGGCACGUGCACACUGUUCUUACAAACACGAAAACUGUGGCAAUGAAAAAAUUGGCCGAUGUUAUAAAAAAGUUUAACAUUAUUACUGAACAUUGUAGAAGAAUUGAUGAACAAUUUAUGAGAAGAUCCAGUUGCGUUUAUUUUGGUUGAACAUUAUUUAUUAAUUCUGUUUUUUUACCACAAAUAUAUUCAUAUUGUCCAUCUGAACUGGAUGCCCUC